GCGGGGCUGAGGCCGGCGUGUUCGCGGCGGAUUCUCGCGAGGUUUGGGAGCUCGGCGGUGUGUUCUCGUACAGGCAGCGGUGUAGAGUGUAAGGCGAAGACACCGGGCGGCGGCUCGAAGCAUCGUCGGCUGCUGAAGAGUCCAGUGAUUGCAAUACAUCUGGAAAAUUGCCUUUUUCUCUCCGCCAUGGAUCUGGAGCACCUGGCCAGUUAACUAACCCAUUACCAUGUCAAGCGGAGCAGAAAAUGUCUAUCUGGUACAGACCGGCUUCUCACCGCCCCAGCAGAACCACGAAAUAACAUCUCGGAUAAAUCAGAAUUAAGGAGACCCUUCAUGAUCGAGCCUGUGAUUUCCGAGCUUUGCGUUGGUUUUAAUAUUACGCCCUGGAAAAUGAAAUUUCCAUUUUAUUGGUUCGUUAUUACUCAGGCAGAGUAAUUCCUCUUUACCAGUCCAAAAUUUUGUUGGCAUGGCUACAGACCCGACGUGAUAGGUCGGUGUCACUCCUGAACUCAUGAGUGGGUACACCAUGCUGCGCAAUGGGGGAUUGGGGAAUGGAGGUCAACCAUGGAUGCUCCGCUGGUCCAGUCGGAUCAGACUCUCCUGGCUAAGCUUCACGCUCUUCAUCAUCCUGGUUUUCUUCCCUCUGAUUGCCCACUAUUACCUCACCACCAUCGACGACGCCAACAACGCGGGGAAGCCCAUUUUCGUCCCGCGGACAGGUAACGAGCUCUGCGAGGUGAAGCACGUUCAGGACCUUUGUCGUAUCCGCGAGUCCGUUAGCGAGGAGCUCCUGCAGCUGGAAGCCAAGCGCCAGGAACUCAACAGCGAGAUCGCAAAGUUAAACCUGAAGAUCGAAGCGUGUAAAAAAAGCAUCGAGAAUGCAAAGCAGGACCUUCUGCAGCUCAAGAACGUCAUCAGUCAGACGGAGCAUUCCUACAAGGAACUGAUGGCCCAAAACCAGCCAAAGCUUUCUUUGCCAAUUCGGCUUCUGCCAGAAAAAGAUGACGUUAACUUACCGUUGCCAAAGUCCAGAAGGAACUGCCGGCUACAUAAUUGUUUUGACUACUCGAGGUGCCCGUUGACCUCGGGGUUCCCCGUUUUUGUGUACAACGGUGAUCAGUACCCUUUUGGCAGCUUGAUAGACCCUUUAAUCAAACAAGCCUUGGAGGCAAGUGUCAGAACUAACGUCUACGUGACCGAAAAUGCAAAUAUUGCUUGUAUAUAUGUAGUUUUAUUGGGGGAGAUGCAGGAACCGUUGAUGCCAAACCCUACUGAACUGGAGCAACAGUUGCACUCAUUGCCAUACUGGAGGACUGACGGCCACAAUCAUCUAAUAAUCAACCUGUCCCGAAAAUCGGAGACCCAGAAUUAUCUGUAUAACGUAAGCACCGGCCGUGCCAUGAUCGCCCAGUCUACCUUUUACGAUUCGCAGUAUCGACCCGGCUUCGACGUAGUGGUGUCGCCGUUGGUCCAUGCAAUGUCCGAACCCAACUUCUUAGAAAUCCCAGCCCAGGUGCCAGUGAAGAGGAAAUACCUGUUCAGUUUCCAAGGGGAGAAGAUUGAAUCGUUGCGUUCGAGUUUGCAGGAAGCCCGGUCGUUUGAGGAGGAAAUGGAAGGUAACGCCCCAGCUGACUAUGACGACCGUAUCAUCACCACUCUUAAAGCUGUCCAGGACAGCAAGUUAGAUUUUGUUAUGGUUGAGUUUACCUGUAAAAACCAACCUAAGGCAAGUCUGCCCACUGAGUGGGCUCUAUGUGGGGGAAGGGAAGACAGGAUCGAGCUACUGAAGCAAUCCACCUUUGCACUGAUCAUAACCCCCGGAGAUUCCCAGCUCAUCAUAUCUGCUGGCAGUGCCAUGAGACUUUUUGAAGCUCUUGAGGUGGGAGCCAUCCCCGUUAUUCUCGGGGAGCAAAUCCAGCUCCCCUACCAUGACCUGAUUCAAUGGAACGAGGCAGUGUUAAUCAUACCAAAACCACGCAUUACAGAAGUGCAUUUUCUUUUGAGGAGCAUAUCUGAUAAUGACCUCCUUGCCAUAAGGAGGCAAGGACGCUUCUUGUGGGAAACCUACUUUUCUACAUCAGAUACAGUUUUUAAUACCAUCUUGGCAACCAUAAGAACUCGUAUGCAAAUUCCAGCCGCCCCUAUUCGAGAGGAACCGGCGGUGGAAAUCCCUCAUCGUUCUGGUAAAGCUGCCGGAACUGACCCUAACAUGGCAGACAAUGGAGACUUGGAUCUAGGUCCAGUAGAGACAGAACCACCUUACUCUUCCCCUAAAUACCUGCGGAACUUUACACUGACCGCCACAGACAUUUACCGUAACUGGAACUCCGCACCGGGUCCGUUUCACCUCUUUCCUCAUACACCAUUUGAUCCCGUCUUGCCCUCUGAAGCUAAGUUCUUGGGAUCUGGAACGGGGUUCAGACCAAUUGGUGGUGGGGCUGGAGGUUCGGGAAAAGAGUUUCAGGCUGCCCUUGGAGGGAAUGUCCCGAGGGAGCAGUUCACGGUGGUUAUGUUGACCUACGAACGCGAGGAAGUAUUAAUGAACUCCUUGGAAAGGUUGAAUGGACUCCCUUACUUAAAUAAAGUUGUGGUGGUGUGGAACUCCCCAAAGUUGCCAUCGGAUGACCUCCUGUGGCCGGACAUUGGUGUGCCCAUAGUGGUUGUGCGGACCGAGAAGAACAGCCUAAAUAAUCGCUUCCUUCCCUGGGACGAGAUAGAGACUGAGGCCGUGCUCUCCAUCGAUGAUGACGCUCACCUCCGGCACGAUGAGAUCAUGUUUGGCUUCCGGGUCUGGAGAGAGGCCAGGGACCGCAUUGUGGGUUUUCCUGGACGUUAUCAUGCCUGGGACAUCCCUCACCAGUCAUGGCUCUACAACUCCAACUAUUCCUGCGAGCUGUCCAUGGUGCUGACCGGAGCCGCUUUCUUUCACAAGUACUACGCCUAUCUCUACUCCUACGUGAUGCCGCAGGCUAUCCGGGACAUGGUGGAUGAGUAUAUCAACUGCGAGGACAUUGCCAUGAAUUUCCUGGUCUCCCAUAUCACCAGGAAGCCUCCCAUCAAGGUCACCUCCCGCUGGACCUUCCGCUGCCCCGGCUGCCCGCAGGCUCUCUCCCACGACGAUUCGCACUUCCACGAGCGCCACAAAUGCAUUAACUUCUUCGUGAAGGUAUACGGAUACAUGCCGCUCUUAUACACCCAGUUCCGCGUGGACUCCGUCCUCUUCAAGACUCGGCUUCCUCACGACAAGACGAAAUGUUUCAAGUUCAUAUGAAGACGUCGAUCCUCAACCCCCGGGGGGCGUCUUCCCCAUGUCUUGAUUCCAAGACGUUGCCUCAAGUCUUAAUAUAAAAAAUUAAAAAAACGUUGAACUAUAGGACGAUACGCACUCUAAAAAAAAAACCUAGGCUACACUGAAAAUUGAAAUUUUCAAAUUUUUUUUCCUUUCGUUUUUUUAUAUGUUUACCAUACAAAAAAAACAUUUGUGUGGUGACUUUUACCUGACGUCUCCAAGAGGGGGGAGGUUCAAGACCCCGAUUUGAUUCAGUGGAGUAUCUCAAAAAGUUGCUGUAAUCUCUCCUAAUUCCCAUACAUACCCCUUAUGAAUUUUUUUUUUUAACAAUUUUCCAAAAACAUUCACCAAUCUCAAGUGGAGACUUUGGAAGCUCGUCCCAUUUUUGGAGAUCACAACGCACAAAACUGCCAACCCCAACGUCCGUGCUUGACCCUCCAAAUCGGCUGGCCACCACCCCAACCCCAAAUCACGCCCCCUUCCAGUAAAGCACAGAAGCAGCUGCACCACUUUAUUCUCAGAUUCACCUUUGUACAUUUAAUAAAUUGCUGUACAGCUCGACAGAUGUAGACAAUGUAUCUAGAAAACUUUUUGGAUUCCCCCCCCCCCCCCCCCCCCCCCCCCUCCCCUCCCGGGCAAUUUAAGUAGUUACUGUUUACGGCCAUAGACGUUCAUAGUGAUUGCGGCAAAUCGCGUUUUGGAUCAGAAGGUGAAGACCCUUUAAGCAGACUGUACCAUUGCACCCAGCGAAGCGGUUUUAUUUUUUAACGGGCACGAGUUAUCUGCUGGUAUUAAAGGAAAAAUCAAUUUUUUUUUAAAUUUUUUUUAGGAUUA